AUGAGCAGCUCAGAUGAAGGUACAAGUGCAGAGCAGAAAAAAUACAGAGGAAUUCGGCGUCGAAAAUGGGGGAAAUGGGUGUCAGAAAUUCGAGUUCCAGGUAGCAGUGAACGGCUUUGGCUAGGCACUUAUACAACCCAAGAAGCUGCUGCUGUUGCACAUGAUAUAGCCUAUUAUUGUCUCCGGGAAUCGUCCUUGUCGUUAGAUAAAUUAAACUUCCCAUUUAUGUUACCGGCCGUUAAUGUUGAACGUGGAAUGUCACCGAGGUCAGUGCAAAAGGUGGCCUCAGAUGCUGGCAUGGCCAUUGAUGCAAAGUUGGUUACAAGUUACCCUACUCCUACUGUAAAAGGUGGUCAACAAGAAAUGAAUGGUCAUGUUUGUCAAAGUGUGGACAAUAAUGGGAAAAGUGAAGCUCUCAGCAUUUCUGUUGAAGAUUAUCUAUAUUGAUAUUUGAAGCACAUGCAUUCGUCAGACUGAAAUUUUUUGAAUACCGAAAUCCUAAAGUAAAAGAAUAAAACUUUGCACAUC